AUGGUUGCACUUCUUAAUAAUUUUAUGGGAUCAAUGUCUCAUGUUGGAUCUUCUAAUGGAUUUGUUGAACUGAAUUAUGUACCAAGUUUGAUAUCUAAACCUACAAUUCAGAUGACUGUAGGUGAAAACAUCAAUAUGGGUCCUCCGUUACCAUCUCAAGAUUUUGUUGAGCUUCCUCAUGUAGAAUCUCCAAUGUAUGAUACCAUGAUUCCUUUUCCAUUGCCACCGGAGGUGCAGUUGGAUGAUGAGGCACGGAGUAGUGAAUAUUCUCAAUCUUCUGAAGAUAGUGGGGACAUUUUGAGCAUUCCUAUGGAUGAUGACUCUCCUGAUGAUGGUGAUUGUGAUACUCAUCUUAAUUGUGGUGAGAUUCCACCAUAUAAUGAAAGGGUGAUGCACUUCAUGAAUGAUAUAGGGGAGGAAAAUGAUGAUGACAAUGUAGAUCGAGAAGAUGCAGUUCAUAUUGAUAUUUGGAGUGAAUCAAAAAAUCAAAUUCGGCUAGGAAUGCUAUUUGACAGCAAGUCUCAACUGCGGAAAGCCGUGACAUUAUGGUCUAUCAGUCAAAAUCGGGAGUUUAAGGUAGUUGAAAGCAGAAUCAACAAAUGGGUUGCAAAAUGCAAAGUGGCGCCGUCAGACAUAGAUUCUAACACUGGGCCUGAGAAUUAUAGGUCACCGUGUCUUUGGUGUAUUCGUGCAGUUCAUAAGAAGACGCAUAAGAUGUGGCAAAUCACUCGAUGGGUAAAUAUGCACAAUUGUCUUGGCUCCAUCAGUGGCAAUAAUAAUAGAAAUUUAACUUCAGCUAUCAUUGCGUCUCACAUUAUUCAUCAAAUUGAGGUGAACCCUGGAUAUCCUGUAAAAAAUGUCCAAGCUGAUAUUAAACAAUCAUUGCAUGUUGAUAUUUCAUACAAGAAGGCAUGGCAUGGGAGGAGAAAAGCCAUAGAGAUUGUUUAUGGAAAUUGGGAAAGUAAUUUUGCUGGGCUACCUUCGUAUAUUGCAGCCUUAGAGCAUUCUAAUCCCAAUACUAUUGUUAACUGGCAUCAUCACCCAAGUAGCACUGAAAAUGUGAAAGUCUUCAAAUAUAUAUUUUGGGCAUUUGGACCAGCAAUUGAUGCAUUCCACAUGUGUAGGCCGGUUAUCAGUGUUGAUGGUACACAUUUACGAGGGGCUUAUAAGGGAAAGAUGCUUAUAGCUGUUUCUAAGGAUGCAAACAAUCGCAUAUUACCUGUUGCUUAUGCUAUAGUAGAUGAGGAGACUAUAGCUAGUUGGUGUUGGUUUUUUGAACAAUUCAGGUAUUAUGUGGCACAAGAUAGACAAUUAUGUGUUAUUUCUGAUAGACACCAUGGAAUUAUUCAUGCUAUGUCAAAUUUAGAGGAAUGGAAGGAACCAAUUGCAUAUCAUAGAUUUUGCCUUCGACAUGUUCGAAGUAAUUUCAUGACAAAGUUUAAGAAUGUCACUUUGAAACAUUAUUGUUGGGCUAUUGGCAGUACUACUCAAAGACGGAAAUUCAACAGAUUUAGGAGACAGAUUAGGGCACUUGAUCCAACAGCAUGGCAGUAUUUGAGAGAUAUUGGCAUAAGGCGGUGGAGUCUUGCUUACGAUGGUAACCAUCGAUGGGGAUGUCUUACAACAAACACUUCUGAGAGUUUGAACAAUGUUUUGCGAGGGGCUAGAUUGUUGCCAAUUAAGGCAUGUAUUGAUUUGUCAUUUCAUAGAACUGUUCAACUUUUUCAAAGGUAUAAACAGGUAGCCCAUCAUUGUAAUACAGCCCUCCCGCCACAUCAUUGGAGCAAAUUCAUGGAGGCUGAAAGACAUGCACAAGGACAUCACAUUGAUGAGUUUAACUAUACAGAUGGAGUGUACAAGAUUGUAACAAGAAGACAAUUGAAUGGUAAAUGUGGUCAUGUACACACGGUUCUUUACUAUGAAAAAGAUUGCACAUGUGGAAAGUGGCAGAUGCAUAGAUUUCCAUGUUCACAUGCAAUUGCUGUUUGCCGACAUAGAGGGGAUAAUGCUAUUGACCUUGUGGAUGAAGUUCACACCACAAAGACUUACAUGGCACAAUAUUCUGGCAAGUUUUAUCCUAUUCAUCAUAAGGAUUAUUGGACAAAUCCAGGUUGGGAGAUUCAAGCAGAUUACUCAAGAUUGAUCAAUCAUGGACGGGGUCGGAGACGUGAAAGUCGAAUACAAAACGAGAUGGAUAUGAGGCACCCUGAUGAACCCCGUAGAUGUGGAAGAUGCCACCAAACUGGCCACAACAGGAGAAAUUGUCAAAAUACACACCCCAGGGUUGAUAAUGAAGUCGAUAGUUGA